AGUUGUUUUUCUGGAUGGGUAGUAGAACUGGGAAAGGAAAUACUAAUAGUUUCCCAUAAAAACACCUAAUUUUUUCCAAAGUUCUGACAGUAUAUUCAAAGAUCAAAAGCAGUCCCUGUCCGCUGAUUUACAGUCUUAGCACAAAAGGAAAAUCUGAUGGGGAGGGCAGAGGAUUAAGUCACAUAAUGACUUAAUCUGAUGGGGAGGGCACAUAAACCAAAGGCUACCCUUGACCUACGGUUCCUUCUCUAAAUAGAAAGCAAGAUUCCAGUCCUCAUGGUUCUGAAAGGGAACCAAGACUGGAACAUAAGAAGCUGCCUUUAUACAGAGUCACACCGUUGGUCCCUCUACCUCCACCUUGUCUACACGCUGACUGGCAGUGGCUGUCCAGUUUCAGACAGGAGGACAUUCCCACCGCUGCCCAGAGAUGCCAGCUGCGGCUUCCUAGGAAUCAAGGUGGUGACGCUGGCCAAGUCCAGGGCGUUUCGCGAGAAGCACGGGAAGAUCCUGCUGGAAGGCAGGCGACUCAUCGCUGAUGCCCUGGCCGCUGGCGCCGUCCCGCAGACGCUCUUCUUCAGCGCUGUGGAACACCUGAAGGAGCUGCCGGCGGGCCAGCUGAAAGGCGCCAGCCUCGUCAAGGUGAAAUUCGAAGAGCUCAAGGCCUGGUCUGAUGUCAUCACUCCUCAGGGGGUAAUAGGAAUCUUUGCCAGACCGGACCAUGCCAAAAUGAGGUAUCCAGAGGUCCAGCAAGGGCACGGCCUGCCCCUCUCUCUGAUCUGCGACAACGUCCGCGACCCAGGAAACCUGGGCACCAUCCUCAGAUCGGCAGCCGGAGCUGGUUGCAACAGGGUGCUGCUUCUCAAAGGCUGCGUCGACGCCUGGGAGCCCAAAGUCCUCCGGGCCGGGAUGGGCGCUCACUUCCGUCUCUCCAUCCUUUCCAGCUUGGACUGGGAGGUCCUGCCCAGCUACCUCCUCCCCGGAAGCUGCGUGCAUGUGGCCGACUGCUCCCAGGCCUCGCCACCAGCGCCCAGCAGCCACAGGUGGGGCGCCCAGCCCCACAAGCUGAAGGCGCAGCCGGCCCAGCGGCAGGAGCCGAGUCCCGAUUUGGACGGCGAAGAGCCAGAACCGGAGCGGCUGGAAGUCCAGCAUUACUCCGAGCGCUGGAUGGAGGCUCCCGCCACGGCAGUGGUCAUUGGCGGGGAGACCCAUGGUGUGAGCGCAGAAGCCAACCAGCUGGCCCAGAGGACAGGGGGAAAGAAGUUAGUCAUCCCGGUGGUGCCAGGUGUGGACAGUUUGAACUCUGCCAUGGCAGCCAGCAUCCUCCUCUUUGAGGGGAAGAGACAGCUGUAUUGGGCAGAGGAGCCGGACGUUGGAAAGAUCCAGGCUUCCAGGCUCCAGCUGAACUGUUGAGGAAUGGAUGCUUGAGGCUUGCCAAGGGCGUUUCUAAAGAACCGAAGAGGCAAACCAGCUCCCAAGAGGAGCUUGCCCUCCAGUUUUGGGGUCUCUCUUUCGGGGAACCCCUUCAGCUGCAGGAAUCGUUUCCCCACCUUCAGGGGAGUUCUCUUGCAAGCGAGGGAGAGAAAGAGGUGGGGGACGGAACAGAAGCUAACAGGAAAAAAGAAAAAAGUCAUUUGCCAAAGGGCAAUCACCAAGCACGGCUCUUCAGGCAAGUACGGUCGCAAGGGAGCUCAGCAGAGCAUUUGGCCUCAAUGUAACAUGUUUAUUGUUAUUAUUUGUGCAGAAUGGAUUUGGUUUUUCCAUAUUGCGUUGCUUGUACUUACAGGGAUAUAUGUGUAUCUGCUUUUAAAUUUCUUCCAUCUACCCCUGGAAAAAGCAAGUGACUCCCUGCAUAUAGAAAAGCAACACUUCAGGGAGAAAAAGUAUUGCUUUUUCCUUGAAGUGCUAGUUAACUCUGUGCAGGGAGAUUUUGAUUAUUUUUUUUUAAGGGAAAAAAAGCCCAAGUGACAUUUCAAAAUAAGACACAAACACUCCACCCUUGCCCAUCUGUCUGGCUGAAGUUGUACAAUCGACUGUCACUGCCCCCCCCCCUUUUGGGCAGCUGUCAUUCAAAACUUGCAUACUUUUGGAAUUCUGAAAUCCACAGCUGGAAAAAAACUUGUCCCGGCCCUUAAGCCCUUGCCCCGUGAAACUGGCAUGAAACAGAUCUAGCCGAACGCCCCAGGGCUGCAGCAUCUGCCAGCGUGUACAUAAUUUGUUUUUGUUUUCCUGGCAAUGAAGGUGCAUUGCUGUGCAUGUGACUCAGUUUCUGGAACAGGGCCCAAAGGUGACAUCACUGGGUCCUCUCUGAUCUCCUGCCAAGGGCACAGAGCAGCUUGUCGCCUCUGAUUAGCCACCUCGCGCUGCCCCGGCCUCGCUUGCUGCUGUUGCUCCCCACGUUGCAGCCUGGUUGCUCAGGCCUCCUUCCGGCUGCGGUCUGUUUCCUUCUGCCGAAUGACCCUUUCUGGCCCCGGUUGGGCUGAGUCCACAAACUCUUUUCAUCAUGCGCUUUUGGAAAAAACAAUCCGCCUCCAAAUAUUUCCUCCCUGGCCCCACUUUUUUUGUGCGUGUGUCCAAAUCAAUGCUCAGUUUUCUUAGCCUCUUCUCACCCAGAUAGCUUUUUUGCUUAAUGCCAUGAAAAGCGAAAGAUAAAUCUGCUCAAUGGUCAUCCCUGUUAAAGUACAAACUUCAAAUUGGGUUCUGUUGGCAGGAGGGGGACUUUUGUUUAUGCCGAGACCAGAUGUAUACAGAAUAAAUUUCGGAUUUGCUCCUA